AUGGUACCGCCCUGGCUCGGCUCCCCCAAGGCCCAGGCCCCUGCCCUUAGGGCCCCCGGACGGGGCGGGGCACGCUGGGGACGGGCAGAGGGCGGUGGUGGCGCCUUCCUGCCGAGCCCGAGACCGCCCCCGCCACCCUUCUGCAGCCCUCGUAGGUCCCACUUUCCCCUGGGCAGUUUUCGUCCAGCCUCGGUAGUCCCGUCCCGUCUGUGCGGCCCCCACCGUGGUCUUCAGGUCAUCCCGAUCGGCAGCGUUAAAUCGCUGCCCUCAGCGCCCCACACACGCCCAUCCGCCUACACCCUCGGUUCUCUCCCCGCGUCUGCUCACCCUUCCCCUCCCAAGCCCGCCGAAGCCCCGGCCCGCCUUCCGCGCAGACUGUCCAUCCCCAGGAUCCCCCUCCCUGUGUGUGGCCCUUCCUCCCAGCGGCCUCCCCUUCGCGGCUUCCCCUCCCCUUCGUGGCCAGCGUGGUGGAGCACUCCCGGCCCACCCCCCCUUUCUCCGUACCCCGCGCUCCCUUCUUAUGUUGUCCCUUCACGUCCCUCGCUAAGUCCCUCCCAGCCCAGCCCCCCCCACCACCCGUACACACGUACCCCUCCCUCCGAGGCGUCCCCCGGCGCCCCUCCCCUACCCCCGCUUGUCUACGCCCCUCCCACCCACCCCGUCCUUUUGUCUCCUCUUUGGUCUCUAAGUCCCCCGCCCCUCCCUCACUCCCGCCCUCGCUCCCCGCGAGCACGCUCUUAUCUUCCCCGGGUCCCGGCGUCCCGCCCCCUGGCCGCGCCCCGCCGGCCCCCUCCCUCCCGCGGCCCCAUCUCCGCCCUCGGCGCUCCGCCCUCCCCCCCGCGGCUCCGGGCCCGCCAGCCCGGCCGACCUCCCGGGUUCCCGGCUCGCUCCUCCCGCCGCCGCCACCGCCACGGUUGCCGCGGCUCCCCGACCCACCCUUCCCGGGCCGGCGGCUCGCGCUCCAGCGCAGUUCCCCCCCCCCCCCCGCCCCCCCGCACACACACACACACACACUCCCUCCGCCCCACCUCGUCCGGGCGGCUCUGCGGUGGCCCGGCCCCGAGAGGCGCGCAGGCUGCCCUCGGGGGAGCCUCGGCGUCCCGCGGCCACGGGCACCUCGCGGGCGGGCGCACCGCUCGGGAGCGCGAACCCAAGCCAGGUCGCUCCCUCACCCACCCAGCCCGGCCCCCGGCGGCCGCCCGGGACGCAGGCGCCCGUCGGAAGUGUUUGAGGGACCCGGUGGGCCGCGGCGUCUCCAGCAACCGGGGCCUGGCCAGUGCGCCGCAGGGACACGCUGCGACCUGA